UUGCAUUCGGUAACUUUAAAGCGCUCAAAACGUCAACUUUCAUUUCAGAAGAACAAAGAAUAAUAAUUAUUCAGUCUUACACGAUUGCACAAUAGUAUUCUGUUGACUGCUUUUACCGACAAAAAGGCAUCAAAAACAGACGAGUCAACUAUUGAUAUACACUACAAUGGCGCUAUCUAAAUCUCUCUUCGAUGCAUCAGUCAAGAGGUGUCCUGUCAAAGCAGUGCCCAACCUCCUCUCCCCCUUCCCCUCCCAGUCUCAGCAGUGCCCCCUUCGCCAAGAUGAUCCCAACCCUGCCAGCGGUAUCAGCAGCAGCAGUAAUAACAUGAACACAAACAGUCCUCUCAUCAAAUCUCCUCGAAGAAUGGGACCCUUCGGCCACUUUCAUCUUGUGCUUAAGCCUAACUCAUUCCGCGAUGCAUUGCAAAACAUGGGAGCACUUUACGACGAGCUGGGUACAAAUACGGUGGCAAUUCAACCCCUUCCUUCCUUCUUGACUAGAUUCAUACCAGAAGCAAACAAUAUAAUCUACACCAAAGACGAAAACUUGAUUAAACACAUUUUGAAAAAUGAAGACAAAUACCCAAGAAGAGCGGGCUACCUUAACGACAACAUUCAGGCAAUACAGUCAGAUUUAGGCAUAGGAACAGAUCUGUUCAGCACAGAUGGGCCAGAGUGGCAUGCACACCGGAAACUGGUGCAGAAACACCUGUUGAGUCCAGAAGAGGUCAAACAAUUCACACACACUGUCACUCAAGUGGCCCGAGACUACGUUCAACUCAUACAUCAAAUCACGAGUAAAAACGAGGGGUUUAUGGACGACCUGAAAUUCCGUAACACCUGCUUCACUUUCGAAAGCACUGUGGCUCUUCUGUACGGAGUGAGAAAUGGAACAGUAACUCAGGACUCAAUUAACGACCACAAGUUCCACAAUUACGCUAACAGUUUCGUCAAGCUAUUCGAGACGUUCCAGCCACUCAGCUUCUGCCCUGUACACCUGAUGAAGAGUGUUGGGAGGUUGUUCUGGUAUAACGAGGCGAAGAGACUCUACGACAACACAUUAGUGCAGUCGCGACAGUUCGCCGAGAGCGCCAUGCAAGCCUCGGCCGACUCGAAAUGUGUCUGGGCGAAAGUACUUAAAAGUGCUACUGACGCAGACGAGGAGAAGCUGAAGUGCAAUCUCUCUGCAGUCCUCAGUGGGGGACUGGACACAACUGCCACCCAGUUGCUCUGGACCAUGCAAGCACUGGCCGAGUUUCCGGAGGAGCAGGAGAAAUUGAGUCGCCAGAUAAGAGACAAUCUCGGAUCCGAGCCAAUAGACCACGACAAUGUGCACCGGGUCGGCCUAGCCCGAGCAGUAAUCAAAGAGGCUCAGCGACUGUACCCACUAGUGGGCUUCUUUCCUCGCCAGCCAUACACAGAUGUGAACUACUCUGACUCGGAGACAGGCCACUCGGCCACAAUCCCCGCCGGAUCCCUCAUCUUAAUCGACAACUUCAACUACAGCCGAGACGAGAAAUACUUCCCCGAGCCGCUAGUUUUCAGACCUGAGCGGUGGAUGAGAGAGGACGACAGCGAACACUUCAACAAAGACCGCAUGUUCCUCGCGUUCGGAUCCGGACCACGCUCGUGUAUCGGGAGGCGAAUCUCCGAACUAGAAAUGCGAAUUUUCAUCAUUGAACUCAUUCGGAACUUCAGGCUGGAUUUAGAAGGGGAUGCCGCAUCCCCGAUCUACAGUGGCAUUGUGAUUCCAGACAAAACGCCCAAAAUCAGAUUCACGCCUCGAAAUUAAGCUAACAAAACUGAAAUGUGCAAUCAGUAAUACCAAAUCGCAAUUCUAAAUUACCAAACCGCAAUUAAACGUGAACUUCGACGUUGAAAUGUAUUUUAUCCUUAUGUGCUUCUAUGUUAAUUCCAUGCUGAAAUUUUGUAGUGCAAAUUUCCUGCAAUUGUAAAAAUUGAAAGUUUCAGUGCAUUGUAAACUGAUCUCGUUCUGUUCUUGAAUCAAAAAGAUAAA